AUGAAGGAAACGUCUUCUACGCCUGGCGCUGAUGCUGUGUCGUCCGACCCAGGUGUCUCACUAGCACAGGCAUCACCCAGUUUAUUUGACUACGCCUCAGUACAAAUACUUUCGUUGGUAUUUGGAGGUUGCUGCUCGAACGUCUGGCUCUAUGAAAAUCUCCUCCUGCUCAAUCCACGAAUUGGUUCGGCACUCACUUUUUCCCAAAUGAUGUUCAUUUCUCUGCAAUCACUUCCGUCGUUCAUUACUUGCUCACCGGAUACAUGGAUACCGCGACUUAAGCCACGACAAGUACCACUCAAGAACUGGGCUACCCAAGUGCUUGUUUUAUCUACGGGGUCGCUAUUAAAUAACUGGGCCUUUGCUUUCAAGGUGCCUCUUACCGUCUUGAUGAUUUUUCGUUCAGCAGGCCUACCGGUCUCUAUGCUAUUUGGACUCUUCUUCCUGAAGAGGAGGUACAGUCUCGUGCAGGUUUUUUCGGUCAUCAUGGUCUCCGUUGGAGUUACGAUUGCAACCUUUUCCCGUCCACCAUCGAGCGCACCUUCGCAAUCAAAUUCUGAUAUCCGGCAAUAUUCCAUAGGAAUUGUGAUGUUGAUUUUGUCCUUGUUGUGUACUGGAUUUCUCGGGAUGCUCCAAGAGAAGACCUAUCAACGAUAUGGCCCUUGCUGGAAAGAGGGAGUGUUUUAUACGGUACAUUUCUGUCAUUCCGCUCCCUUCUAUACUGAUGGAAGACAAAAGCAUUGUCUCUCACUUCCCAUCUUCCUUUUCCUAGUUCAGGAUGUUAAGCAGGGCUUGGCAAGUCUUUCGGAACCAACUAGAACAUCGGCAGCUGGCAUGCCAUGGUUAAUCUUGGCAGGGAACCUUGUUACGCAGCUUAUAUGUGUUUCGGGGGUGAACCGGUUGACAUCGCGAGUAUCGUCUGUGUCAACGAAUUUGGUGCUAACGACAAGAAAGGCGAUUAGUUUAUGCUUCAGUGUAUGGUGGUUUGGGAAUGGGUGGAAUCUGCAGCUUGGUGUUGGUGCGUCCAUGGUAUUCCUGGGUAGCAUGCUAUACAGCGCGGGUGCUAGAGUAGAAAAGAAAAAGACAGAAUAAAAUAGACGUCAUAUCGGUGUAUUAUUUGAUUGCCGGGAGCGGUAUUUUCCGAUCGCAGAUUUAUACAUUACUCAGCUUCUUGCUUCCUAC